UUAAAAUACAAAAUGAACCCUAAUGAAAUGCCACCAUGGCCCACCUCUUACCCUCACACAGCUCUUGACGCCGAAGACGAUUUCCCUAGAUUUGAUUUCCCUUCUCUAGCUCCUCCCCAGCCCCAACUCGCUCCAUCCCCCAUUCCCUGCCCAACAUCUACUAAGCCAAGGAAGAGAGCUAAGAAAAGCCACGACAAGAACUUCGACUUUACAGAAGAACUGAAGAGAAUUCAGGAAUCAGACCUGAGCCCAAAAUCCAAGAAGAAAGAGAUCAAUAAGAUAUACUGAAAGAAUAACCGAAGGAAGAAUAAAGAAUAUACUAAAGAACUAGAAGCAAAAAUAGGAAAACUAGAAGAGACCGUCAGCAAACUUACGACACAAGUUGAGCACUAUAGACACAAGAUUAGUAUUAUGGCAAUAGGUGGCGAGAAAGAUUUUGGAGAGUUCAAGAUUAUCCAGAGUCUGAGCAGAGAAGAACUGAUCCAAAAGAUGAAGUCUGGACAGCACAAACCUCAGUUAGACUCAAAACUUAAGGAGCUCUCAAAGCAAGGUGGUUCUGCCAGCAACGACAGGCAGAAAUUGAUCAAGACUGCUUUCAAGGUGGUCCUCGACAAUAUAAUCCCUGAUCGUAUGAGAGUUCUUUUCAACAUUGCUAAGGAGGAAUCUUCUGCCUCCUAUGAACAGUACGAGCACCUGUUCAAACAGAGUGGAAAGACUUUUGACAUGACUUUUAAGGAGCCAUGAUACAAUGAAAUAGAUAGAUUCCACUAUUACUGUGGAGUUCAUCCAAACAUAUUCUAUAAAAUGAAGAACCUCAAUGAUAAGAAUAGGAAGUACCACUUAUUAUUCAAGAAAAUAAUCCAUGAUUUGAUCAGGAUUAGAAAUAGGAUUCUCAGACUUCAGUUCGACUGGAGAAAGAAUGAUAAUCCAAAAGAGAGCGGACUCACACCAGAGAAUAUUGUCAAAUUCUUAGAAUACACAGGGAAGCUUGAAAUGACCCCUGAGCACAACAUCCUUAACUCUUGGGAUAUCCCUAAAAAGCCUGAUGAUGUGAAGACUGAGGAAUAUGAUGGAGAUUCGUUGUUCCUCAGUGACUCUGAUGAUGAAAUCGAGCAUACUAAGCUGAAAGUUUAAUAAACAAGGGUAACUUGGGGAAUACCUCGGUAAUUCAGGAUCCUACUUAGAUACCC